AUGUAUUGUUCUUACUCUUUCUUACUCCCUCCCUUUCCUCCUAUGUCCUCUCCGAGUCUUUCCCACGCAGGUAGCAAAGCCAUUUUCCUCAAGCAGCCUCCUGCGAUGGCUCAGGAGCACCUUGGUUCUUCUUCACUUUUCCCUUUCCCCACCCCAGACUUUGGCAAUACGUGGGUAGGGCUUUGGGUGUUCACAGCUUUCAUUAGUUCUUCGGUCGCUGAGUCGCUCAUCCUUGGGAAUGAAGGUGGGGCGGGAGUUGCGUGGGCUGCGAUGAGCGCCUUUGGUCUUAUGAACAUAGCGAAAACAUGUGUGGGCGCUGCGAGCACAGGAUGGCUGAGGACCGUUAUUGGUGCACGAUCAGAAAAUACGGAUGUAGCGGUAGGACUGGAGGUAUCCUCUGGCCAGCGAGGGAGGGGAGCGAUGAGAGUCAGAAGGAGCUACUCAGAGAGGGGUCCAAGUGGCCUCUCUGUUGACGCAUUGUUUUUGAAUACGAGAGGCAAACCAACCAAUUUGGAACAUAAAACAAAGUGGGAGGAGAUCUACGCCUUCGAUAUGUUAAUAACUCGUGGACUGGUGGGGUUGCCGAUUGACAAGCCGCAACCUGUUGUCAAGAAUACACUUCCGGAUUUUCAAGCUCAUGUGGCUCGUAGGAACAUCAAGAAACGGUCGGAGGACGUCGACAUGGCGCCUGAUGUAUAUUUGUACAGCGUUAAUCCUUUCUACCCUCCCCACGAUUCAUGGUUUCAAAUUCCGGUUCUCCUCCUCAGUCUUGCCAAAGUUGGAGAGGGUUUGGUUCUAUGGCUGCUUGCUGGCAACAUCGGCAUUGUUACUGUCAUCCCUUGGGCAUACUUCUUUCUCGUAGCUUGCAUUGUUGAAACUCAGGAGAUGAUUGUGGCCAGAAGGCCCCCAGUACUUGAUGGAAAAGUUGACAUCAUCAUUGGGCGAUUCCCCAGUUUGAUCCAACACACGGAAUCGCCCCAGCGAAGUUGGGUCAUCAUUGGCGCCCCUCGAAACCCACGGAAGACAAUCUGGUGGAAAGCUGCCUGGGCUUUAGGCGCCGUAAUAUGCACAUUCGUUACCGGGUUGACUUAUCUUUCCCUGGCUCAGCAAACGAACGAAAUUGUUAUGCUUUGGCUUAUGUUCCAAGCUCUGUGGUUGGUUGGUCGCAUGUUAGUUCACCACUACGCUGAAUCUCCCAGAGAAGCGAUGGCACCCCGUUUGCUAUACAAGAGGUCCUGGGAGACUUUAUCAGAUACCUCAAGAGACCGCGUUGUAAACUUGCUGGUGGCUCUCUCGAAAUACACCACAUCAGUGCAUCCGCGACUGGAAGAUGCAUACCAGGAUAACGUCAGCACCGCCUCGGAAUUACGAAGGAUCAUAAUCGAGACACCGACUAUAUUGAACUACCCGCUCUCCCUCCAGAAGGAACUUCUGCAACCAUCCAAUCACAAUAACAUACAAGUUGAUAUUGAAAUCCAUGCGGUUAUCGGUGACCCUACCCUCGUCAGUGCAGUUUGGCUCGCCAAUGUCCCAGGCCUCACUUUUGAAAAUAUGUAUGAUACAUGUAUUCUCUGCUUGAAGCUCCCCUCCGGAAACGCAUGCCGAUAUGCCACAAUACCAAGUGUCCGUUUUCUCAGUGGGGUCUCGGUAUCAGAACCUCCUUCCUUUAAUGAAGAAACCAGCCAGCCUCUUGACACCUUACCCCAAUUCCUUCCGAAAGGUCAGCUUCGUGAUACCCGAAGUACAUGGUGGUAUCUGAUCCCGGCAGGGAAACGGAGAUGGCUGAUAGUCAAGCAUGCAGUUGAAAGUCCCGUUCUUGGCAAACAUUCAGCUGAGCUUGUGUCUGAUGAACGUGUUACCGCCAUUUUGUCUAGGGGCCAUCUUUUAGUCAGUAUCGCUCAUGUCAACGAUGUCAAGUCUGCCUUGCGUAAUUCCCGGAAGGCGAGGGAAACGUUGACUGGGAUUCUCUCAUGA